AUGACAAGCGCCCCGCCCUCCUCCCACCCCACCUCUCCCCACCCACGCGGACUUAUUUCUCUCCGCCUUCACACCACCACCGGCGGCGACCACACCCAGCCGCCCGCCGCCGCCAGCCGGAGAACCAGUACCCGCCGCCACCGAUCUGCACGGAUCGGCCGCCGCGCGCCUUCCUUGAGCAGGUUAAGGACAGUAACCAAACCAGACUGCUUCUUGGCUAGGCAUCAUCAGAACCAUCUCCAGGUGCCAGAAAUGGAUCGCAUUCAACCCAGGGAUGGGCAGCACAAUGAACCUACGCCCUUAGAUCAGAAGCUUUUUGAGCAUAUGGGAGGCGAUGCACCCCUUAGACUUGGUCCUCCAGGCUUUGGGGGUAUGGCAAGUAGAUCAAAUGACGCUACUACAUCUUCAAGCCAUGCUAUGCAGUUUCCAGGCCAUAGAGUUGGAAACCAAGGAACCUCGCAUGUUUCCUUUGCUCCAUAUCGUCCUGGAAGAUCCAGUAGCAGUGUACCAUAUGAUGCUCAGCCAAAACCUGCUCCAAGUUACCCACAUGGUUCUGAGGAAUUGUUUCCUCCAAUGAGUUCCCAUGUGGACAGCAGAAGGGUUGCGGUGAAGCGAAAAAACCCUGUGGAUGGAUUGGGUGCCGGUGACUAUUAUGUGGGAAGCUCUUCCAGUAGUCGGUUCUCUAAUAUUGUGCAGCCAAAUUCUACUGCACAUACUGAGCCUUUAUUUCCUCAAAUGCCUUUAAGCAUUGGUCCAAGCAACUGGCAUGACCAACCCUUGGUUAAUCAAGAAGGGUCUCAGAGGAAUGUCAGAGCACGCCAUGAUCAGGCCAAUAUUUCUGUGGAACCUAGACCAGGUUCAACUUCCACAUCAAGCAACAAUCACCUGCCGCUGUUCCAUUCAGCUGCAAGUGCUUUCCGGAGUACAUCAGCAGAGAGGAACCAAGCACUUUUUUCUCUGCAGACAAGAACAUUACCUUCAGGGGCCACUGGGAUUACUGGUAGGGCCUCGACGGGAAGGCUGCACCAUCCUGCUAUGCAGAGCAGCUCAAGUAUUGCUGCUGCCCCACCUGUCCAUGGUUCUUCAGACACUGCAAUGUUCGCCAAUGGUGGCUAUCCUGCUCCUAGAGCUGUUCAUGGUGACGGCGUUUCUAUCUAUGCUCAUCCAUCAUCUGCAGCUUCCUCCAGCUCAAGAGCAAUUCCCCAUAAUGCAGUCAUUGCGAGCUAUCCACCUGCAACUUCUACAUCCAUGAGGAUCAAUCAGCCAUCUCCUGUUGGCACCGCUGCAUCUUCUAGACAAGCAAGGCAUGUUUCCAUGGCACAUGCUAACAGUGGAAGGAACAGAAUGGCGAGGAGCUCAUUGUAUGGUCAUCCUCUGAUGCUUGAGGCACAGCGCCUUAUGCUGGAAACCCAGUUGGCUUACUAUCAGUCAUCAAGGCAAGCAGUUGCUGACCCCCACAGGGACUUGAGACUGAACAUUGAUGAGAUGAGCUAUGAGGAACUGCUGGCUUUAGAGGAAACCAUAGGCAAUGUCAACACUGGCCUUGCUGAUGAGAAGAUAUCAGGUUGUGUGAAAGAAGUGGUCUGUUGCAGCUCUGAUCAGGCGGAGGACGACGAGGAUGAGGAGGAUGGGAGGUGUUUAGUCUGCCUGGAGGGAUACAUAGACAAUGAUCUCCUGGGAGUACUGAAAUGUGGGCACGACUUCCACUCAGGCUGCAUCAAGAAGUGGCUGCAGGUGAAGAACGUGUGCCCGGUGUGCAAGCAGGCUGCGGCUUAGAACGUGAGAGGAAGCAAGCCGCAGCUUAAUAGACGAGGGGAAGCAAAAUAAUUGGCGUUCCUCUCCAUUUAUUCUAGAAUCAGGCUCAGUUAUGCCUGUCUAUUCUUUCGCGUCUUAGCCAUGGAAAUAAGUGCGCUAAGACGGCUCAUUUGGUGGGUUGCUGCAGUAGCCGUGUUCUGUCUUGCCGUAGAACUUUCAACAUGCAAUUGCUAGAGAUUCUCCAGCUAUUAUUUAAACUAUA